CCUCAGUAGUGCCUGUUCAAAAGUUAAGCAAACCAUAUAUAAUAAUGUGAUGCCUGCAAAUUCUAACUUGCGAUGGGAUCCAGACUUCAUGAUGGAUUUUAUUGAGAAUCCUUCAGCUCGUAGCAUCAAUUACUCAAUGCUGGGCAAGAUCCUUAGUGACAAUGCGGCCAAUCGCUACAGCUUCGUCUGUAAUACGCUCAUGAAUGUAUGUAUGGGCCACCAGGAUGCUGGAAGGAUUAACGACAUUGCCAAUUUCUCCUCGGAGCUGACAGCUUGCUGCACUGUUCUUAGUUCAGAAUGGCUGGGAGUUCUGAAGGCUCUUUGUUGUUCUUCAAAUCAUGUGUGGGGGUUUAAUGAUGUACUUUGCACUGUAGAUGUGAGUGACCUUUCAUUCCAUGAUUCAUUAGCUACUUUCAUUGCUAUUCUGAUAGCACGACAGUGUUUCUCCCUGGAGGACGUCGUGCAGCACGUUGCACUUCCCUCGCUCCUCGCAGCAGCUUGUGGAGAUGCAGAUGCUGAGCCGGGGGCGAGGAUGACAUGCCGACUUCUGCUUCAUCUCUUCCGAGCUCCCCAGGCCUGCUUAUUACCUCAAGCAACCGGCAAACCUUUCCCUGGAAUAAGAUCAUCUUGUGAUAGACACCUCUUAGCCGCUGCUCACAACAGCAUUGAAGUGGGAGCCGUGUUUGCUGUCUUAAAAGCAAUUAUGAUGCUUGGAGAUGCCAAAAUUGGCAAUAACAAUGUCAGCUCUUUAAAGAAUGAUGACUUCACCAUGAGGGGUUUACGGCGUGAUGGGAAUGCCGAUGAUAUCUGGACUGCCUCACAAAAUUCAAAAUCCUGUGGGAAAAGCAUUUCCAUAGAAACUGCCAAUUUAAGAGAAUAUGCUAGAUAUGUACUGAGGACUAUCUGUCAACAGGAAUGGGUAGGAGAACAUUGCUUAAAAGAACCUGAAAGAUUAUGCACAGACAAAGAGCUUAUAUUGGACCCUGUGCUUUCAAAUAUGCAAGCACAGAAAUUACUACAGCUUAUCUGUUAUCCUCAUGGUAUUAAAGAAUGUACGGAGGGGGACAACUUGCAAAGACAGCACAUUAAGCGUAUUCUUCAGAAUCUUGAGCAGUGGACACUAAGGCAGUCCUGGCUAGAACUUCAGUUAAUGAUCAAACAGUGCUUGAAGGACCCUGGCUCUGGUUCAGUGGCUGAAAUGAACAACUUACUGGAUAAUAUUGCAAAGGCAACAAUAGAGGUAUUCCAGCAGUCUGCUGACUUGAACAAUAAUUCUUCUAAUUCUGGAAUGGGCCUCUUCAACCCAAAUGGGAUUGGAAAUACUGAUACAAGUAGCACGAGGCAGAAUGGAAUAAAGACAUUUCUAAGCUCCUCUGAACGCAGGGGUGUGUGGCUGGUGGCCCCCCUAAUUGCCAGGCUGCCGACCUCUGUGCAAGGAAGGGUACUAAAAGCUGCUGGAGAGGAGCUGGAGAAGGGACAGCACUUGGGCUCCUCUUCAAAAAAGGAAAGAGACAGACAAAAACAGAAAAGGUACGGCUGCAAGGGCCCACCAGGGGACCAGGCUGCUCUCUUUGCUGCACAGGCUCGGCCCUCCCCUCAGCUCCCCCAGUAUCCAGGGCUGCAGCAAGCACAGACCAUGCCCCAGGGCUAUACGAUGUACGGAACACAGAUGCCUCUGCAGCAGACCCCACAGCAGCAGGCUGGUGGCGUGGUCCUCUCUCCCAACUAUAACUCCAGAACUUAUCCGGCCGCACAUUCCAACCCGGCGCUAAUGGAAAGACUCAGACAGAUGCAGCAGCCGCCCAGUGGCUAUGUUCAGCAGCAGGCAUCACCAUACCUGCAGUCCUUGACUGGCUCUCAGAGACUGAAUCAUCAGUCCCUUCAGCAGAGCCCUUUGGUAGGUGGAGGAAUCGAUGCGGUGCUGACUUCCACACAUCCAAGCCUUCCUUCAGUGCCCCUGCCUCAGGACCCGAUGAGACCCAGGCAGCCACAGGUUCGACAGCAGCAGAGGCUCCUCCAGAUGCAGCAACCCCCCCAGCCCCAGCAGCCCCCACAGCCCCAGAGUCAGACCCUUGGUCUCCAAGCGAUGCAGCCCCAACAGCCUUUGCAGGGGCAUGGCACACAGCUCCCGUCCCCGAGAAGAGCAAAAUCCAGAAUACUGGGGAGAGAAGCACUUGUCACAUCACGCCACAUUUGA